AUGGAACAUCCAUCGGAAGCAGAAGACGCUAUUCGAAGAGCAGUUUUGAUUGAACUCAACAACGCCCCGCUUUGUCUGCUCAACACCUCUACGGGUCUUUUGUGCGACCGAGCAGCACAGCUAAACUCCUUCAAAACAAGUCCAGAAUACAAGGAGCUUUUGUCAUCCAUAACGAAGCGCUCGGAUCUCCAAAUGGAACGCAUCAAGGAGGUAGUGGCAAUGCACUUCUGUUGCGUUUUGCUAUCACACAGGUGGGAAGAGGCGGAGGUGAUGCUGCACCACAUUCAAAAUAAAGAUGUAUGCGAGUUGAAGGGACUUGGUGGCAUCAUGAAACUGCAGUCGUUCUGCAAAAUCGCUCGUGAUGCGGGGUAUCUCUGGGCGUGGAUGGAUACAUGCUGCAUCGAUAAGAGCAACAAUGCCGAGCUCGGAGAAUCGCUUCAAUCCAUGUUCGUCUGGUACCGUCACUCGGCGCUCACCAUCGUCUACCUAUCCGAUGUCCCUCCUUCAUCCCAACCUGGUGCACUAGCGAGCAGUGUUUGGAAUGAGUGGGGAUGGACCUUUCAAGAGUUUGUCGCUCUGAAAGUCGUUAGAUUUUAUCAGAAGGAUUGGUCGUUAUAUCUCAACGAUCGCUCUCUCAACCACAAAGAAUCUCAAGCAAUCAUGAAGGAGUUGGAGGACACUGCGUACUUGUUAUUUGAUAUCUUCGAUGUCCACCUACCUGUCAUCUACGGUGAGAGGAAGCAGAGCGCGCUCGGCCGGCUCCUGCAGAAUAUUGUGUCUCGGUCGGGUGACAUCACUUCCCUGGACUGGGUCGGACAAUCGUCCGAGUUCAAUAGUUGCCUUCCAGCCGACAUCAUCUCAUAUGCAACCCCGCCAUACUCCCUACCAUCAUUGUCUGAAGAUGACAUUCGGACAGCGGUCUCUUCGUUGCGAAACAUUGUGCCUGUGGAUUCAGCUUCGAAGUUGUAUAACAUGCUCGAGAACAUGAAUGCUCUGCUCUUCGCAAACUGCAGACUCCGUCUGCCUUGCAUCGCAUUCCAGGUCACGGAAGUCAAACGGAAGCGGGGUCAUACUGUCCAUUCCACGUAUGGAGUGAAAGCAGAUGGGCUUCGAGACUUGCUGAUUACCAUGGACGAGACCCUAAUUCAAUUCUUGCGUGCAAGGCCCACUCAGCAGACAUUCUUUCUUGUCCGUCCAUGGGACCAUCGUCUCCUUGGGCUGCCUGAUUUUUCAGAGCAGCUCACCUUUACAGGCGAAGGGUAGAGUGUGGGGGAUUGGUCCGAGUCCGAGUCUGGAACAGACGACGCUGACGA